AGGUUGACUGCACCCGUCAAGGUUGGUCAGGAUGCUCAAGACGAUCUCCUCGUCCGAGUGACAGCUACCUUAUCCGGACCGGAUUCACCACCUCCGCCAAAGUUUCUUAUCCCUUCAUCCGUGGGCGAUGGAACCUCAUGACACGGAGGAAACUUGAAGGAUGAGGCUCGGGGCUCGCCACGAUGAUCCAUCCUUACGUUGAAAGCUCGGGCAGUAUAAAAGCGCCUUGGGUGCCCUCGUCAAGAACCGGUCUGCUGCCAACUUCACCGAGCCCCGAAUAUUACCAGUGUAAAUAAUAUCAUAUCUUCAGCCUAAAAACAAGCCUUCCCUCUCAACAUGAGACUCUCUUCCAUCGUCUCCUGUCUCACUGCCGUGGUAGGUCUUGUGAACGGUGGUCCCGUGACCAGGCAGACAAAGCCGCCAUAUUUCCUUCUCGUCGGCGACUCUACCGUGGCUGUCGAUGGAGGCUGGGGCAAUGGCUUCUUGAGCUAUCUCCAAGACGGGGCAGAUGGCGAGAACAGAGCCAAGAGCGGAGCAACAACCGUUUCCUGGAAGUCUGACGGGCGAUGGGACUCGUUGGUGGAGACCAUUGGAAAUGUAAAGGACGAUUAUGAGCCCAUUGUGACCAUUCAAUUUGGACACAAUGACCAAAAAGUUAUGACCUUGGAUGAGUUCCGAGUCAAUCUGAUCGGCUAUGCCAACGAUAUUAAAGCCUUGGGUGGCACUCCGAUCUUCAUCUCGUCCCUCACCAGACGCACCUUUGAAGACGGCAAGGUCGUCCAGAACCUCAAGGACUGGCGUGAUGAGACACUGGUGGCGGCAGAGUCGACCGGGGUCCAGUUUGUUGACCUCAACAUGGCGAGCACUACAUAUGUCGAUGCCAUCGGGGCCGAGGACGCGCAGUACUACAACUUGGAGCCCUCGGAUCGAACUCACUUGAACCCGGCUGGCGAGAUUGUGUUUGGUCGCAUGACGCUUGACCUGCUGUUGGACGUCCGCCCUGACCUUGCUGGGUAUUUUGAGGCCAAUGAGGCGCUCAGUGAGAAGAUUGCAAAUGGCGAAUUUGCCACGGGCGAGGAGUAGUAUAUCUGUUGUUCUUGGGUUGGUCUAUCUAAAAGAUAGGUAGCGAUUGGUCCUGAU